AUGGAGUAUGUGACGGUGAUUCCUGAACCGGUGAAGGUGAUCGUCUCCAGACCGCUAAACCACGAGUUUAUCAAUGCACCUCAAGUAGCUCAUUGGGAAGCAGCACUGAGGAUUGUUCGAUACCUGAAGGAGACGGCUGGCAAUGGAAUCUUGUUCGAAAACCAUGGACAUUUGGAGAUUCAUGGGUUUACAGAUGCCGAUUGGGCAAGGAACCCAAAUGACAGAAAAUCGAUUGCGGGUUAUUUCACCUUUGUGGGUGGGAACCUUGUCAGAUGGCGAAGCAAGAAACAAAAGGUGGUAGCUCUGUCAAGCGCUGAAGCAGAGUUCUGGGGGAUCAAGAGUGGGCUGACAGAAAUUCUAUGGUUGAAAAAGUUGAUGACAGAACUAGAUUUGAACUCACAGAAGUCGUGCAAGUUGUUCUGCGAUAAUAAGGCGGCAAUCAGUAUAUCAGAGAAUCCAGUCCAACAUAACCGUACAAAUAUCAUAUUGUGA